GGUUAGUGGGUGAAGCGCGAAUAUAUGAAGCGGCACAGAGGCCUCGAACCUUGCAUUUACAUUUUUGCCGGAUAACCGAGCGGAGAAUAUCGACAGCGCGUCGAACCAAGUCAACGUAAAAUGUCUGAUUGGGAAAACUCACCGGUUGAAGAAAAGCACAAGUGUUUCUUGACUCAGCUGGCUUCGAUCCUAAUCGAAAAUGUCUUCGACGGUGUUCGGCGAGACGAGCCUGUCAUCCGCUGGAGAGAGCCUGCCCAUCUUUCUGAAAUCAUACCGUUCAACGUUCAGGAGGAACCAAAGUCUCAGGAACUUAUUUUGGAGAUGAUAAAAAACGUGUACAAGUUCAGCGUUAAGACUGGUCACCCUUAUUUCAUGAAUCAGUUGUUCUCAGGAUUGGAUCCCUACGGUUUAGCUGGUCAAUGGUUGACCGACUCGUUGAACGCCUCGAUUUACACCUACGAAGUAGCCCCGGUAGUAACGCUGAUGGAGCAGAGCGUGAUAAGCGAAAUGCUGAAGAUGUUUUACAGAGGAAACGAAGACCAGGAUUCAGAAGUUUCCGGGGACGGGAUGUUCUGUCCUGGAGGAUCGUAUGCCAACGGCACAGCGAUCAAUUUGGCAAGAUUUUGGCUACGGCCUGAGACGAAGAACUGCGGAAUUGCCGGACUGCAGCUGGUAAUAUUCACUUCGGAAGAUGCCCACUACUCCAUUCUCAAGUGGUCAAACAUGUGUGGCAUCGGCGAAAAGAAUGUUGUCCUCGUGGCGACGGAUGAGCUCGGAAGAAUGGACGUCGACGACUUGGAGGCAAACGUUUUGAAGGAAAAGGAAAGAGGAAAAACUGUCUUCAUGGUCUCCGCCACAGCAGGAACGACAGUUCUGGGAGCGAUUGAUCGGCUGGACGAGAUUGCAGACAUUUGUGAAAAACACAACAUGUGGUUGCACGUCGACGCAGCUUGGGGCGGAGGUCUGAUAUUCAGCCGAGUCCAUAGAACGCUGCUGAAAUCGAUUCACAGAGCGGAUUCGAUUACCUUCAAUCCUCACAAAUUGUUGGCGGUGCCUCAGCAGUGCUCUUUACUACUGACUAGACACAGCGGAAUAUUCGAAGCGGCCCAUUCGAGAAAAGCAUCCUACCUCUUUCAGCGGGAUAAAUUUUAUCCGACGAAUCUAGAUGUCGGAGAUAAGUACAUGCAAUGCGGAAGGAGAGCGGACGUUAUUAAAUUCUGGAUAAUGUGGCAGGCUAAGGGAACUUCAGGCUUCGAGAAGCACGUCGAUCACCUAAUGUCGCUGUCCAGGCAUAUGAAGGAGGAAAUCGAAAGGCGCGACGGGUUCGAACUCGUGACUAAACCUUCGUUCGUAAACGUUUGCUUCUGGUACGUUCCGCCGUUUCUUAGGGAUGCUAAAGAAACUCAUAACUACAACGAACGAUUGCACAAGGUGGCACCGAAGAUGAAGGAAAUAAUGACGAAACGCGGGAGUUUGAUGAUCAGCUAUCAACCACUACGUCAGAAGCCAAAUUUCUUUCGUUUCGUUGUACAAAAUUCUGGUGUCUUGGGAAGCGACGUAAUUUAUGUACUCGAAGAACUGGAAAGGAUCGGCAAAAAUUUGUGAAGUCAUAUAUACCAAAAAUCUUCACAAUUUUCUGAUUCCAAAUCAGUUCCAUACACAGCCACGUAACUGGCCUUAUAACGAGAGACGAGCGCAUUGCGUAGUCACGCAUGUAGAUUUGUUAAAAUAAUAAACGAAUUGAUAUAUUCAAA